AGAUGCAUCCAUAGACAGCGUUUGCUGAGGUGCUUGAAGGAUGCAUAUUGAAAGAGCGUGUCGGCCAGCUGAAAGAGAAAAUCGUUCAUCCGCAUUGGCUUAGACACACAUGCCAUCAGUGGGGCGAGAGCCUUUUUAUUUCUCUGGAUUUCCAAUUAACAGGCUGGCUGUGGUAUUAAUGAAAAUCUACAAUAAGAAUGAGCACAUCGGGGGUGUGAAUAGUAACGGCAUAACGACAAAAAGAACCAUCAUAAUAACAAUAAUAGGGAAGGAGAGGAGACAAAAAAAAAACACUUCAUUCAUUUAUUUCGGUCUGGCGGAUUCUUUAUGUAGCCCAACAUGUUCAAGUAUCGGAUCCGCAUGUUUUUUAAUGAACUGAAAGUCCUGGUGUUUAUGCGAUCCGAUUCGAGACAGUCCAGCUCAGACACAGAGAGACGGCCCGCCACCACCAUGCGAGGUCUGGGGAUGGGCGGCUGCGGUUGGCCUCCCUUCGUCGACUGCCAUUCCCGGGAUGACGAGGAGGAGUACUACGGCAGCGACCCGCGGCCCCGGAGCCUGGCUUUCGAGGACAAGGAGCCCAAGUUGUCGGUGGGCCUGGACGCCGUGUCUCUGGCCAGCACCGCCAGCAGCCUGCGGACCCCCCAGUGCCGGAUCUGUUUCCAAGGCCCAGAGCAGGGUGAGCUGUUGAGCCCCUGCCGCUGUGACGGUUCGGUGCGCUGCACCCAUCAGCCCUGCCUCAUCCGCUGGAUCAGCGAGAGAGGAUCCUGGAGCUGCGAGCUCUGCUACUUCAAGUACCAGGUCCUGGCCAUCAGCACCAAGAACCCUCUGCAGUGGCAGGCCAUUUCUCUGACGGUGAUAGAGAAGGUGCAGAUAGCGGCCAUUAUCCUGGGUUCCCUUUUCCUCAUCGCCAGCAUCUCCUGGCUCAUCUGGUCCUCCCUCAGCCCCUCGGCCAAGUGGCAACGCCAGGACCUGCUCUUCCAAAUCUGCUACGGCAUGUACGGCUUCAUGGACAUCGUCUGCAUAGGCCUCAUCAUCCACGAGGGAUCGUCAGUGUAUCGGAUCUUCAAACGAUGGCAGGCCGUCAACCAGCAGUGGAAAGUACUGAACUAUGAGAAAUCAAAGGACCUGGGCGACCCGCUGAGUUCCAGCAGCAAGACGGGGGCCCGCGGCUCUCGCGCCAACCCUCACGGCCUGGCCAGCAGCAGCGGCGGCGGGCGACAGAGCAGGAGGUUAAGAACUAUCCUGAACCACCACUGCGGGUACACCAUCUUGCACAUCCUGAGCCAACUGCGGCCCAACGACCCGCGGAUCAGCGCCGCCUCCAACCGGGAGGUGGUGAUGAGGGUCACCACCGUGUGAGUCGGACCGGGGGGUGCGCGUGUGAUGGGAUAGACCUUCGUCUCUGUGUCCUGGUGUAAACGCGAGUUACGGACUCGUGGACCUAACGUUAAAAACCACAGACUCAUGUAGGCGACCUGCGAGGAGCCGAGUGACGCCACAUCAACAGACACUGGAGGAUUUCUCCUAUGGUUUCGUACAACAAAACGAAAGCCAGAUGCUCCCUUUCAAAAAUUAAAGAACGGAUGAAAAGAAGGAUGCAUUAAAAGACAUGACAUGAGAUGUUUGGAGGAGGGGGAAAAAAAAGUGUAAACAGGCUUUAUAACCUAAUCCAAGAUGAAGAGACGUUUUUUUUUUCCCAGUUCAAUAUCAGGAUGCACAAAGACAUUUUCCUUUUGCUUUCUCUCUUCUUUGGUUUGUUUUGUAUCUAAUUCUUUCUCUUCUUUUUUUUGGUUUGUUUUUCUACUCACUUUGAUUUUGUACGGAUGUAUGAUUUUAGAGGAAAUCAUGUAACUCCAUACAUGCCAGGCGUUUCCAGACAACUCUGUAUAAUGAUCUUAAAAUUUCUACAAGAUAACCAAUGCUGGUAAAUAGACCGAAAACUGAAACAAACAAACAGACAAACCAACAUGAGGGGGAAACACAUAGGUGACAACUGAACAAUAAGUCAUUACAAGUAAGAAAAAAAAAAAUUACAAAAAAGGAGAAAAAAAGACUUAAAAAAAAAGAAAUCAGUAAGAUUUCAGUGACACUUAACCUUUCUGCAAUAAAGAUAACGUAUGUACAUUUCACAGGGGGUUUUGCAUGGGUAUAUCAUUUUAUUCUUCAUCACAUAACAUAAGCACAUGACAAAUUUGCUCUAUUUCGAAUGGUGCUUGCCAAAAAUAAACACUUUAGAAACAUGUGAUUUCAUUGCACCAACUUUUUGUCAACAUGACAAAUGGCAGUGUGUUACAGCUAUUUCAGCUCAAAUACAGAUUGUUGCUGCUGUGUGCUGAUAUCGGAUUUGAUAAUAA